AUGGCUCCUCUAAAUGAGCUUCACACGUUCACACGGCGGCACGCGCCAUUCCACUCCGGGGUGACCGACCUUGUCGUUGUGCAACUCCUCAUGCCCAGUAUCGCGAUCCUCUUGGUUGCCAAUCGUGUUUACUUCCGCGUAAAGUUGGCCAAAGUUUUGGCAUGGGAUGACUAUGCCAUUAUUGCUGCUAUAUUGUUUUGGGCUGUGCAAAUUGCCUACAAAUCCACUCUGAACAUCUGCAAAAUGUCAAUUCUCCUCCUAUACCGGCGCAUCUUCGCGACACGCAAAUUUCAAAUUGCAGUCAACAUCGUCUUUGUAUUUGUCGUUCUCUAUUUCAUUGCCUCCGUCGCGGCAAACCUUCUUGAAUGCAGGCCGGUCGCGAAAAACUUUGACAUGUCAAUCCCAGGCAAAUGCAUAAAUGUUACGGCCCAUUGGCUUGCAAAUGCUAUUUCAACAUCAAGCAGCGACAUUGUCACUCUUCUUCUCCCCAUGCCUGUGAUUCAUAGACUUCGUCUUCCACCUCGACAGAAAUACGGUUUAAUGUGUAUUUUUGCCUUGGGAAUAUUCGUUUGCGUAAUAUCGGUCAUACGCAUGACAACCAUCCCUUUUGGCUCACAAGCCCAUGACCGAAGCAAAGGUACCGUCAAUACUUUGAUGUGGGCCAUGGUCGAAGCCAACACCUCUAUAAUUUGCGCAUGCCUCCCCAUGCUCCGCACACCACUCUCGAUGCUCUUCCCAACUCUUUUCCCCCCAUUCCACUACGGGGGUGAGACACUUUCCCACCAAAGCUCGAUAACCGCCGCUGAAGCCGCUGGAAUUUCAGAGGACCCCGAACAGAUGCAAGAGGAACAGAUGUUGAAGUCAUCAAAAAGCUUAUUGAAAACCACUACGAUACAGGUAUCGAUCAGCCAGAAAAAUGAGGAGGGUCCGCGUUCGCCAGGAGAAAGGGAGAUGGAAAAGGGUGCGUGCCCACUGCCAUCGACGGAGAAACAAGGAGGUGAUGAUACACCGUUUGAUAUUAGUGCUCCCAGACCUAUGACGCCUUUGCUACCUCUUUCUUCCUCUCCAGUAACUCCUUUGCCAUCCCCGCCCCCGUACGGGUCUAAUACAACGUCCAACGUGGGAGAGUAA